AGCCUGGCCACAUUGUUAGAGAAGGCGCACGUGUUGCGGACUCUUCGUUUGUUUAUGUUGCAAUAUUUUUAAUAUAUUGCAGCCAGAAUGUUUGUAAACGAAGUCAACGAUGUGAAGAUCUACAAUUUAAGCGCCGGCAAGUCGGUGCCAGAUUGGCUCACCGACAGGCGGAAGAGGUCUCAGCUGAUGAAAAAGGUUGACUCCCGGCGCCAAAUAGAGCUCAUCCAGGACUUUGACAUGCCGGGUGUAUGCACCAGCAUACGAAUGAGUCCCGACCAGCAGUACAUACUAGCCACGGGUACCUACAAACCCCGCGUCAAGUGCUUCGAGGUCUCCAACCUGUCCAUUAAGUUUGAGCGGUGUUUUGACUCCGAAGUGACCACCUUUGAGGUCAUAAGCGACGACUACAGCAAGAUGGUCUUCUUGCAGUGCGACCGCUACGUGGAGAUCCAUGCGGCCCAUGGCCGUCAUUACAGGCUGAGGAUUCCACGUUUCGGGCGAGAUAUGAAGUUUCACAAACCCAGCUGCGAUAUGUUUAUCGUGGGGGUGGGAAGGGACAUCUACCGGCUUAACCUAGAGAGGGGACAGUUUCUACAACCAUUCGAAACAGACGCAAGUUGUUUGAACGCUUGCGAAGUGAAUCCUGAACACCAUCUGCUGGUAGCCGGCACCAAAGAGGGUACAGUGGAAGCUUGGGAUCCGCGAACGAAACAGCGUUGCUCCACUCUGGAUGUGGCUAUACGGCUGCCGGGCGUCAAGGAGUUUCCCUCUGUCACGGCACUUAAAUUCCGCAAUGGCCUGCAUAUGGGAGUUGGAACAGCUUCCGGCCAUGUUCUCAUCUAUGAUAUUCGGGCCAAGCAACCUCUCCUUGUGAAAAAUCAUCUAAACAAGCUACCUAUCAAGCGGCUAGCUUUUAAUCCUGCCCAGAAUGCGGUUUACAGCUUGGACGAGGCCACUCUGAAACUUUGGGAUGAGCAGACGGGGAAACAAAUUGCCUAUGUGGAGUCCACUACAUCGUUCAAUGACUUUUGCACUAUUCCCGACACGGGUAUGUUCUUCCUGGCUCAGGAGGACGUCAAAAUGUUAACCUACUACGUGCCAGCGAUGGGUCCAGCGCCACGGUGGUGCUCUUUCCUGGAUAACCUUACCGAAGAGAUCGAGUCCGAAGUUGUUGAGAAUGUCUACGAUGACUAUCAAUUUGUCACGGCCAAGGAACUGGCAGAACUCGGUAUGGAACACCUCGUGGGCACAAAUCUUCUCAAGGGUUACAUGCACGGUUAUUUCAUGGAUGCACGUUUGUACAACAAAGCCAAGGCUGUGGUGGAACCCUUCGCCUUCGAUCGGUUCCGUAAGGAUAAAAUCCGGCAGGAGAUCGAGAGCGAGCGCAAGUCACGUCUGCAGAUCGAAUCCAAGCUCCCGAAAGUCAACAAAGAAUUGGCCCUCAAGAUUAUGGACGAGCAAGCCAACCCAUCGAACAGUGCCAAGCAGCGAAAUGUUCCCAAUCUGCUGGAGGAUUCUCGUUUCAAGGCUAUGUUUGAGAAUACUGACUUUGCGGUUAACAAGGAGGCUGAGGAGUAUCGUCUGUUGGCUCCGGUUUUGAAUCGUCUGGACAAGUCGAAGGCAAAGGAGCUGAAGAAGCGAGUGGAAGUGGCUAGGGUAGCGGAAUUGCAUGAAGAGGAAGCACAGCAGCAUGAGGAUAGUGACGACGAUGAGGAUCUGUUUGGUUUCGAGAAGAGUGAUGGCGAGAAGGACGAUAGCGGAGAUGAAGCCUCUUCAGAUGAUGACGACCGCAAGGAAUAUGUCAAGGAAAUGAAGCAGGCCUACAAGCAAGUGAAGCGACAGCGUGAGGACGAGGAGGAGGAGGACGAUGACGACGAACAAGAUGCCCCCGAAAUCACAGCCGCACCCCAUACAAACGGAAACGCAGCAAGACCCGCCACAAAUGGAUCUGGCAAUCGCUUUACCAUGACCGCUCUAGAUCCGCACAAGGGAAGCAGUGCCCUGCAGCAACGCAUCAAACAGGCCACUCUGCAGGAUCGCGUGCGCGUAAUGACCCAACUGGAGGGCCAGGUGACAAACGUGGGUCGCUCCCUCGGCAAUCGCCAGAUGACAUUCGAGGUGAACAAACAAAAGAAGUCGCAGUACCAUGCCAAGAAGCGAGAGGCGGAACUAAAGAAGCAUCGCGAAGAGCGAAGGAGCAUUGUCAGACCCAUCAAAUCCCUCAGGCUAAAGAAGGUUAACUUUAAGUAGAGACAUUUAACGAACUGCAAUUAGUUGUGUACAUAAAUCCUUGUUUUAUUAAAUGUCUAAUUAUUCAA